AUGGAUGGUUUCAGGCCAGAAACGUGGACCAUAUCGUCGAAUGAGGCGUUGAAGAUUUCUAUUAUCGAUGAAGAAGAUAAAGCUAUUCAAUUCAAGCCACUUUUCACUUAUCCUAUAUAUGGAGAUAAAGAAGAGAUAUUUGGGUUUAAAGAUCUCGUGAUUCAUUUAGUUUUCGAUUCAAUUACUAUGAAACCUUUUUUGAAUAUUAAAUGUGAAUCAAUUUUGAAUGAUGAUGUUUCAAUAGAGAGAGAUGUUAAAGAGAAGAUAAUGAAAUUUUUACCUGUAGAUGAUAUUAUCUAUAAGGAUGAAAUUAAAUGGAUUGACUGUUUCCAGGAUGAGAGAUCUCGUUACACACUACCUGAUUCCAAAUUCAAGGUUGAUGAGUAUGAAUUAAAAGGUGAAAUUUUUGGUGUUUAUAAAUUCAAACUGAAUGGAUACAGUGAUAAUAAAAUUAAUAAAUUAUUCAAAAGAAUACAAAUUUUCACACUAUUAUUCAUUGAAGCCGCUACAUAUAUCAAUUAUGAAGAUGAGCCUAAUUGGGAACUCUACGUUACAUUCAACAUGCAAAAUAAAAAAUUCAUCGGGUUUGCUACUAGUUACAAAUAUUGGCAAUAUGAAGGUAAUGAAACAUUUGAUAAGGAUACGAGAUAUAAAUAUAAUGGUAAGAUAUCACAAUUUUUAAUAUUACCACCAUACCAACAUUGUGGACAUGGAUCCUUGCUUUAUGAGAGUCUAUAUAAAGGGUGGCUUAAAGAUGAUGGGAUCAUUGAGAUCACAGUAGAAGACCCUAACGAAAAUUUUGAUGAUUUAAGAGAUAGAAAUGAUUUGAAGAUGCUAUCUCGUGAAGGAUUUUUCCAGGAAUUGUACGAUAAGGUUGACGAGAAGGAAUUAUUGGAUACAGAGUGGAUUGAUGACAAACGGUUGAAAUACAAGAUCGAAAAGAGACAGUUUGAUAGAAUAAUUGAGAUGAUUUUAUUACAUAUGGGGUUAGUUACAAAUUUUGAAAGACAAGUGAAGAUGAGGAUAUAUUUGAAGAAUUACGAGAGUUUAAUGGAAUUUGAGGAUGAUGAAGAUAAGAAAAAUGCAAUUAUGCAAUCAUUUGAUCUUCUAAAGGAAGAUUAUGAAAGAAUUCUAUCAGCCUGUGAGUUCUAA